AGUAAAAUUCUUAUCUAAGGCGUGAACCAACGCUCCUAAAUGGUAAAUAAUAAAAAAUAAAAAAUAGUUUAUUAUUUAAAACCAAUUUAAAUUUUAACACCCAUGUUUAUGUAGUUUAUAUUUUUUUUAUGUUUUUAAACAUUUUUACUGUUAAUAUUCGAUACUGUACGCUAUUAGUAAUCUAAGCACUUUAAACCAGCCAUUACCAUGAGUUCUGACAAAAUUGACUAUCCAAAAGCAUCCAAACUAAUUAGUGAUGCAGGUGUUAUCAUUUACAUUGGAGGAUUUCUUUUAAUCAUUGCAUUUAUAAGCCCUUAUUGGUUGGAAUCAUAUGAUGAGGCGUUCAUCAAUUUUAAGCACAUGGGUUUAUGGACAUACUGUUUUGACCACUUUCGAUACCCUCAUUAUCAAUUUGAAAAGCUCUUUGAUGGCUGCAAUACAGUUUUUAGUGAAGAAUAUUACGUUAUUCGAGAGUGGCUAUUACCAGGAUGGUUAUUGUUUUUGGAACUUUGUAUGACAUUAGCAACAUUGUUAUCUCUUGGAACAUUAGCAAUAAUUGCUGCCGUUAUAACAAGAUAUCCACAACGUCUUGUACUUAAAUACGAGUACAUGCUAUCGGCAGCAUGUUUCUUAGCAGCUACAACUUCAACUGUAUUGAUAUUUCUUACAGUAAUCUUGUUUCCAUUCAACUGUUGGAGACGUGAUUGGCUCAUGUAUCCUAUAUAUAACCACCUAUCAUGGUCAUUUUAUAUUGCUAUCAUAUCAGGUUUUGUGCAUGGAUAUGGCUCAUGGUAUUUGUAUAGGGACGCAAGAAUUGCUUAUGAUCAAAGAAGAGAAAGCAAAAAUUUAGUAAUGCAAAUGUAUCCUCCUCAUGAACGUAACUUCUAUGACCAAUAAAAUUUUUAAUAAUCUUCUUAAGUUAUAUUAAAUAAAAAACAAAUCCGUCCAUUAGAAAUAAAACGAUCCGUCCAUUAAUAUUAACUUUAUAAUUUUGUAUUUAAUGAAUAAGUAAUUAUUUUGUGUAUUAUUAUUUUUUAUUUUAUUAAAAGAACAUCAUACCAAAUGUGUGAUAUACAUCUUACUAUUAUUGCAUUAAAUAAAUAAUGUUUUGUACUAAAGAACCCAUUUUAUUAUGUUAUUUUAUGCAAUUAAUUUAUUAAUUUUAAGAUAAGAAUGAUAUCCUGGGCUUCUGAUCAAAAAAUGCAGUAUGUUAUGCAUUAAAACAACAUGUAGAGAUACAAAUUCCACUGAAAACAAUUAAUUUUAAAUUUUAUUUUUUCGUUAGAAAAACUAAACAUUUUAUGAUCUUUUUGUUUUAAGAUAAUUGAUUUUUUUUUAAGCUUUUUUUGUUUGGUACAAUGUAUUUAUGUUAAAUACUAACAAAAACGUUUAUAUAUGACAUUGAUUCAUGUUAUUUACUUAUAUACAUUGCACUAUCACUAUUUUUAAAC